UGAAUUUAACACGUCUCAAAUUUUGCCUGGACAAAAUUUAACGGUAAUGCAGGGUGAAAUUGCAACCGUUAAGUGUAUAUCUAACUAUGGGAAUCCUCCGCCGGUUCUAAAAUGGCUUUUGGACCUCGAUGAAAUUAGGUCACCUCGUAAACAAACCAACUCGACAGAAUUAGACAAUCCGAAGACUUGGAUGGCAACAUCACUUUUAGAACUUGCUAUCACGAAAGACAGUCAUGGACGUUUGCUGAAAUGCGUCGCAUACCAUGAAUCUUAUCCUUCCAAAUCCGCAAGUACUGAAGUUCGACUAAAUGUUAUGUUUGUUCCAGAAACGCGAUUGAUCGGCGUCCCUGCAACAGAUAUCGAGGAAUUUAUAGACACAGUUGCAAUUCGCUGUCAAGUGAACGCUAAUCCUCGGGCUAACGUAGUUUGGAAAAAGGAAGGCUUGUCGCAACCGGUUAGCCUUCAGGAAUUACUCAAAUUCAGUCCUGUCACUCGACAAAACUCCGGCCUUUACACAUGUCAUGCCCGAAACGCUGCAGGAGAGGCUCCACCCUUAAGAUUUAAUCUUAGUAUCAAAUAUCCUCCAAAGAUUCUUAGCGUUGGCCCGGAUCGUUUAACAACGUCUCCCCUUUACACGUCUGCAACUUUCGAAUGCAUAGCCGAAGGGAAUCCUCUUCCCACUUAUCAGUGGUUACAAAGAUUACCAACGCGACCUAAUUACGUCAGGGAGCAAGGGAGAGAAGCAAAGCUGCACAUUUCCAAUGUUACGUACGAUCAUCAGGGAGAAUACGUUUGUAAAGCUGUGAACAUUAUAGGAGGAAUGGAAAGAGAAGUUCAAAGUGAAUCCGUUGUACUUCAGGUUGUCGGAGCGCCACAAAUAUUAAAAUUUUUACUCCUCAACGAAAUUGAAAUCGAAAGGGGUGAUACAGCCAAUAUAAGUCUGAUAAUAUGCUCAGAUCCUAGGCCGAAAUUUGUGGCUUGGGAAUGGGGUUCCUUGCAGUUAGAAGCCGGAUCACAAAUUGGGAAAUAUAAAGCGGACGAAUUAAUUCAGGAUCUUCGAGAAGACUGUUAUAUUUCUGUUUUACACAUCCAAGACGCGGAUGCAACAGAUUCACGAGCUUAUCACUUAAUGGCAGAAAAUGAUCGGGGAAAAGACAGGCAUACUGUCAAACUUUUUGUUAAUGAACCGUUUCGCAUCAAUACGGUAUUAAUUUUUGCAUGUGGAAUUACGACUGCAUUGUUAUUGUUAAUCUGUGUUUGUCUUUACACUUUACGAACGGAAAACUGCUGCCCCACAAAGAAAAAUAAUUAUAAGGAGAACAACUUAAACGGUCAAAGGUUAGAUGUGGAAAACAAAUCGUUACGGUUGGAGGCAAUUCCCUCGGAUGCUAUCUACACAGCAAAGAGGGAACCGAAUCACGACAACCUUACGGUUAAUCCCGAUACAUUAAAGGUACGUCUUGCUGCCAUGGUUCUGCAACCGCCUGCUAGAGUAUAGCCUUGCACGUUUCGUCAGGAAGACACGAUAUGUCAACAAACACCAAGCACAAAUUCUUGACCAACAUUCAAUAGUGCUUUGAUUGAUUGAUCUUGUUUAAAUAGUUGCACUUGUGGCGAUCUGUAUUUACAAUCAAACUUCUGUAACUCGAAAUCUUUUUGAAACGCAAAUUUUGUUUCAUUGAUAAUUAUUUGAAUAUUAUUCUCAUUACUCAUUAGAUCGAUUUUCUGUAAGUGGAGAUUAAUAGGAAUACGGAUUUUCUAAUAGAAUAUUAUAAGAUAAUCAUCUGGAGCUAUAAUCAGUGAUCCAAGUUUUUAUAUCUGUGAUGGUUAAGCAUUUAUUGCAACAAUCAGCAACAAUGUUGAAUGGUUACCGGUCGUUUCUGACCCUGUUUAAAAGUAUGUAUUAAACAGGGUUCUUCAAACUAAGUGGUACAUUAGACGUUUCAGGGAAACUAAGCAAGUUAGAAAUAUGAAAAAUUGUCAGUAACGGUUAUCAAGGAUAGUCUUUAAUUAAUAACAAAAUAAUUUUAGCUGUAUAUUUUUCACUACGAAUUUUUAUGAAUUACAAAAUUAUAAAGUAUCCAGUAUUGUUAUGUCAAAAUUAGUGAAAUUAUCUAUUUUAGAUAAAAAUCCAAAUUUACUGAAAAAUUUUCAAAUAAAACAAUAGAAAACAUCCAUAUGGAUCGAAAAAGGAUAAAAUAAGCAAUCGAAUGCCAAAUAUGGUAUUUCAUGUUUGAAAUUUUUAAACUUUGGUUUCAUUUCUGAACGCGCUGUACAAAUUAUUAAGCUCAAUUUUAGCAAAACGUUAAACUUAAGAUAAAACUGUAACUGUUAAAAAAUUUAACACCCUAAGUAAGUAACUAUCUAAAAUUACCCUAAAAUUUUCCGUUUCAGACAAAUUUGUCUAUUUAAAAUAGCAAAGUUGGCAUCCACUUCCGGUAUAACCCGAAGUGGACGGAACAAUUGAAAUUAUUUUAGUUAAAAGGAUCAUUUUUGAUAACCCUCACUGCCUAAUUUUCAAUACUCUGUUAGGUAUGCUUAAUUUUCCUAAAUCGUCUAAUGUACCGUUCAGUUUAAAGAACCCUGUAUAUGUGGUAAUAAGAUUUAUGUUUUAAUAUUAAUUUUUGAAUGAUUACCAAUUGAUUUCGGUGUCUCAUUUUUUACGGUGCGAUUGUAAUAAGAACUCUGUUAGACUAAGCGGCUAUGCGACAUAACCAGCUGCUCCACCGGUCUACAAACUUGCGGGACAACCGGUGGCGCUCAUUACACAUUAAGUUCUACGUUAGUUUGGUAGUUCUUAUCAGAAGAGCAGCAUUUUUUUUUUGUAAUAUUAACUUUUUCAACAAUAAUUCAAAGAAAAACUAAUUAGACAUUCCCAAGUAAUUAAAAAGCUUCUUGUCGUCUGAAUACAGUUCAACAAAAAGAGUAUAGAGUAAUAUUCCACAGAAAAUCUUUCAUUUUCUUCUGUCUUCAUUUCGCCCGUCUCAUC